GUCUGGAAAACACUGAAGCAUUUAGAACAGCUGAGUGAGGGACACAGAGCAGAGAAUCUGCUGAAUGAAAGGUUUUCUGCUAUGCCAAAACUACUCUUCUCAAAGAUAAGGAUCUACGAGUUUAAGGACCUCAUUCGGAACAAGAAGCAGCUGAAAACACUGGAUGUUCUUCUGAGCAGAAAUAAGCAAAAAAACGAUAUCAGGUGUGUUUUGGUCCAGAAAAUUACUUCCACAUCUGAUGCUGAUUCCCGCCGUCUGGAGAAUGACAAAUUCAAGCCAAAGCUGGAGAAGCUGCUGGAGGACAAAUAUUACCUGGCUGCCUUUCGUAAUUUCCUCCAAUCAGAAUUCAGUGAUGAGAACAUUGAAUUUUGGUUAGCAUGCAAAGAAUACAGGACAUCCACAUCUCCCAGCAUGUGUUCCAAAAAAGCAGCACAGAUCUACCACGAGUUCCUUGAUCCUACAGCUCAGAAUGAGGUCAACAUUGACUAUCAAACACGAGAGAAGAUAAAGAGAUCCAUGACGAAUCCAGAUCCGUCCUGUUUUGAAGAGGCUGAGAGACUUGUAUUCAAGCUAAUGGAGAGAGACUCCUGUCCCAGGUUCCUGAAGUCUGCGGCCUACCAGAACGCCAAAAAGAAAGCCAUGGGUGUGCUUUAGGGACCUUCCAUCUAAAAGAUGAACUCUUCAUGAGUGAAAAUGAAAAGCAGCGAAAUGUCAUAUUACAUCACGACUCCAGGAAGUCUGAGGGAAGAGGAUGCAUGCACGUGGUGUAAGGGGAAUUACUGAGGAGAACAGAAAGUGUGCAAUGUAGGGCUUUAAAUGAAACGUUUCAACAGCUAGUGCAAGACUGCGGUGACUGAGUGGACAUGUUUUACAAAUACACAGGAAAAGAUUUGCAAUAAACACUGGUGGAAAAAUGAUGUGUCACAUUUUUAAAUAUCACCAAAAUGGCUUUUUUUCACUAUGCAAUAAUUAUAUUUGUAAUAAAGCUAUUGGUUUGUGAUUAA